AUGGCCGCCGUCAUCACCAACGCCCAGCUCCGCGAGCACAGCACGCGAGAGAGCCUGUGGCUGGCCGUGCACGGCCAAGUCUACGACCUCACCGCCUUCGCCGUCGACCACCCCGGCGGCAUCGACGUGCUCGUCGAGACGGCCGGCACCGACGCGACCGAGACGUACGACUACGCCGGCCACAGCGACGGCGCCAUGCAGACGAUGCAGGCCUUCGCCGUCGGGCCGCUGGAGGGAGCAGGCGGCCAUCUGAAUCGUCAGCCAGCUGGAGACAGCAAGACGAGUAAAUCAUCGCUGCUGCCGUCAUUUUCCGUGUCGAUGGCGACGAAACCCGGCGCGGUGCGGACGGCGCGGGCGGGAUUCUUCUCGCCGCGGUGGGCGGGGAUCGCGUUGCCGCUGCUGGGGGUGGCCGUGUUGUUGGUCGGGGCGUGCAAGGUGGGGGUGUGGAAAGGGCGGGGGGAGGAAGAGGAGGAGGAGGCGACUGGCGGCGGGUUUGGCGCGGUUCCGGCGUUCGUGGCUGGGCUGGGUCUGGCGUCUUCUGUGAGCUGCGCCGGCCUGGCGGUCGCGUAUUCGUGGUUUAGCGAGACGCUGAAGAUGGAGAAGGAGGUGUUUGCGUAUCCCCCGACGAUUCCGAGGAGGGUGCUGAGGUCGAUGAUCGAUGUGUAG